AUUCACCGGCGCUGUAUUUCCUCAAGUACGCAUGCUUACCGUUAUUGGCGGCGGACGGCGUUUUACAUCGCUCCCCCAGCUGCUAUCCUAGAAAAGCUGAGGAGGCGCUUUCACCAUGGCCCAGUGGAACCAGUUACAGCAGCUGGACCCGCGCUACUUGGAGCAGCUGUACCACCUGUACAGCGACAGCUUCCCGAUGGAGCUACGGCAGUUCCUGGCACCCUGGAUUGAGAGCCAGGACUGGGGAUAUGCAGCUAACAAGGAGUCCCACGCAACGCUGGUCUUCCAUAACCUGCUCGGUGAGAUCGACCAGCAGUACAGCCGUUUCCUGCAGGAGAACAACGUCCUGUACCAGCACAACCUGCGGCGCAUCAAGCAGCACCUGCAGAGCAAGUACCUGGAGAAGCCCAUGGAGAUCGCUCGCAUCGUGGCCCGCUGCCUGUGGGAGGAGCAGCGGCUGCUGCAGAGCACCACCACAGCCACACAGGAUGGGCAGGGGGUCCACCCUUCUGGACCGGUGGUGACGGAGAAGCAGCAGAUUUUGGAGCACAACCUGCAGGACAUCAGAAAGAGGGUGCAGGAUAUGGAGCAGAAGAUGAAAAUGCUGGAAAACCUGCAGGAUGACUUUGACUUCAACUACAAGACCUUGAAGAGUCAAGGAGAGCUGACCCAGGACCUGAACGGCAGCGGUCAGGCGGCAGCCAUCAGAAUGAAGAUGUCCCAGCUAGAGCAGAUGUUGAGCGCGUUGGAUGGACUGCGGAGGCAAAUCGUGACUGACAUGGGGGGUCUGCUGUCGGCCAUGGAGUUCGUGCAGAAGAACCUGUUAGACGAGGAGCUGGCCGACUGGAAGAGGAGGCAACAGAUCGCUUGCAUCGGCGGACCCCCUAAAAUAUGCCUGGACCGCCUGGAGACCUGGAUCACGUCGUUGGCGGAGUCCCAGCUGCAGAUCCGCCAGCAGAUCAAGAAGUUGGAGGAGCUGCAGCAGAAGGUGUCCUACAAGGGAGACCCCAUCAUCCAGCACCGGCCCGUCCUGGAGGAGAAGAUAGUGGACAUCUUUCGGAACUUGAUGAAGAGUGCGUUUGUGGUGGAACGGCAGCCCUGCAUGCCCAUGCACCCCGACAGACCUCUGGUGAUCAAGACCGGCGUUCAGUUCACCACCAAAGUCAGAUUGCUGGUGAAAUUUCCAGAGCUCAACUACCAGCUAAAAAUCAAAGUUUGCAUUGAUAAAGAGUCGGGGGAUGUGGCUGCGCUGAGGGGGUCCCGCAAGUUCAACAUCCUGGGCACCAACACCAAGGUGAUGAACAUGGAGGAGUCCAACAACGGCAGCCUCUCUGCUGAGUUCAAACACCUGACGCUGAGGGAGCAGAGGUGUGGCAACGGGGGACGGACCAACAGCGACGCCUCUCUGAUUGUAACCGAAGAACUUCACCUCAUCACCUUCGAGACAGAGGUGUACCAUCAAGGCCUGAAGAUGGACCUGGAGACCCACUCCUUGCCGGUAGUUGUGAUUUCCAACAUCUGUCAAAUGCCUAAUGCUUGGGCCUCCAUCUUGUGGUACAACAUGUUGACCAAUCACCCCAAGAACGUCAACUUCUUCACGAAGCCGCCCGUGGGUACUUGGGACCAGGUGGCCGAGGUGCUGAGCUGGCAGUUCUCCUCCACGACCAAGAGAGGCCUGACCUUUGAGCAGCUGACCACACUGGCUGAGAAGCUGCUUGGAGCGUUAGGGAACUACUCUGGGUGCCAGAUCACUUGGGCAAAGUUCUGCAAAGAGAACAUGGCAGGCAAGGGCUUCUCCUUCUGGGUGUGGCUGGACAACAUCAUAGACUUGGUGAAGAAGUACAUUUUAGCCCUGUGGAACGAAGGCUACAUCAUGGGCUUCAUCAGCAAGGAGCGGGAAAGGGCCAUUCUGAGCCCUAAGCCACCUGGAACAUUCCUGCUGCGCUUCAGUGAGAGCAGCAAGGAGGGAGGCAUCACCUUCACCUGGGUGGAGAAGGACAUCAAUGGAAAGACACAGAUCCAGUCGGUGGAGCCCUACACCAAGCAGCAACUCAACAGCAUGUCUUUUGCUGAUAUCAUCAUGGGUUACAAGAUCAUGGAUGCCACCAACAUCCUGGUGUCUCCGCUGGUCUACCUCUACCCAGAGAUCCCCAAGGAGGAGGCCUUUGGCAAGUACUGUCGAGCUGAAGCCAUAGAGCAGCCCGACAUGACUGACCCAGCUCACGUCCAGUACUUGAAGACAAAAUUCAUCUGUGUGACGCCCACCAAUUCCAGCAACACCAGCGACCUACUCCUCAUGUCUCCUCAAACCCUGGACUCCCUGAUACACACCGAGGGUCCAGAGGCCAACCCUGGGCCAAUGGAAUCACUCACUCUGGACAUGGAGCUAAGCACCGAUGUGGCCUCACCCAUGUGAGGAGCGGAGGAGCGGACGCAAUGAAGCCAUGUGCCAACGCACUUGUCAUUCUCGAUUAGCUCCUUAUUUUGUGCAGUCGUCAUCUUGGGAAACCCGUC